CCUAAAUCUGUGAUCAAUUUCAUAUUGUACACUUCAAAUAUUAUAUAAACUAAUUAUUUUUGAUACAACGUUCAUGGCGACCACCUGUUAAAGUGUGUUCAGCAUAAUGGCAUUAUCUAAAUCUUUCCAGAAGGGACAAAUACCUAUAUGUUGUCAGUUGUGUGAAGAAUCAAGUGAGAUCAAAUGGAAAUGUUUACUGUGUGACUUUCUCUUGUGUACAAAAUGUCAGAAACUUCAUAAAAAGGUUAAAUCUACCGACCAACAUACUAUUAUCGAUAUUAAAGACAUUGCUGUAUAUCAGCAACAAAUCAAGGAUAAUCCUGAUUUCAGUAGCAUUCCAUGUGAAAUUCAUAGUGGACAAAACUGUUGUUUAUUCUGUCAGACCUGUGAUGAAGUUGUCUGCCCUCUGUGUAUUGCUAAAACUCACAAUAAACACAACAUGAUUGAAUUAGCGGAAGGAUAUAAAAUAACUCUCAAGACAAUAAAAACUUUUAAUUCUGAGCUUGAAGUGAAAUUAACAGACUAUGUAAAAGGAAUAACUAAACUGCAUUCCCUCAAAUCUUUUGAAGACGCUAAAUAUGAGACAGAAAAGCAAAAGAUUCUGAGUCGAGAAAAAGUCUUGACGGAAGAAGUUGAAAAACAUACAAAAAAAAUUUUGAAAGAACUUGAUAAGAGAAAGGAAGAUGUGAAUAAAUCAAUAAAUGAUGAAGAAGAUAAAUCACACAAGAUAAAAGAAGAUCUAGAAUUCCGAAAAGGAGGCUUAACAAAAGCCCAAGUUUCUGUCAAUGCUUGUGAAGUUUUCAGUGCAUUAAAAGAGGAAAAAACAGCAAGGAAACAAAUUGUAGAACCAGCCAAUACGUAUGUUCAAAGACUGCCCCAAUAUAUACCAGGAAAAAUGAAGAUCCAAGAGGCACUACAUGGAGAACUAACUGAGCCUGAUGAUGAUUAUGCACAGGUACAAUAUGGAGCUAAAGUUAUAAAACAGUAUAAAACUGGACUAAAACUUGUAGAACGUUUGGUUUGCAGUAAUGAUGGAACAUUGUGGAUAGGUUAUACUGAAGACAAUAUCAUACAGAAAAUAGAACUUUCAAAUGGAAUAUUAAAUAUUGUACAGGAGAUACAGGUAAAUUGUGCUGGUAUGGCAUUAUUACCAUCAGGAGACUUACUUAUAUCUACUGCAGAGUCAAAUCUUAAAAUACUUUCUCAUACCACUGGAAAAAUAACCAAUUCAAAGUAUACUGUAGAACCCUUAAUAACUGGAGAAGUCCAUAUGAUCCGGGAUGAAAAGAUUGUAAUCAGAGCAAGAAAAGAAGGACCUGUCUUCCCUGUUAAAGGUCCAAGACAAGUGGUUUUGAUGGAUAUAGAUGGAAGAAUAGAGAAGGUGUAUGAUUUAGACAACAAUGGAAAACCUCUCUUUUCUGCUCCACAAAGAAUAACAUCAGACAACGACAAUAACAUUUAUGUACUGGAUACUCUUACUAAAGAGUGGAAUGGUAGGAUAGUGGCUUUAGAUAAAACCAACAGAGUAAGAUGGAUAUUUCGUGGAAGUCCAAAUGUCAUCAAAGAAAAUACAUUCAAACCACGAGAUUUAAUUAGUACACAAUUAACCAAUAUUAUCAUUACAGAUAUGGAUAGCGACAUUAUUCAUAUUGUCAACACUUCAGGACAGUGUAUUCAUUACAUGAAUACUAAGGAUGAGUUAGGUAUUGUGUUACCAUACGCUGUAGACAUUGAAAAUACAGGAACACUGUACAUUGGUUGCAAUUCAUGUAAACCGAAUGGAACCAAUUUAUAUACUGUUCAGUUUUCAGGAUUCUGAACUACUGAUUCUUAUUUUCACAUUUCAGUUUUAAACUGUUUUGAAAUACUGGAAAUUCAGAAAUUAUUGCGUGCACUUAUUAUUGCGAUUUUUUCAUUUUAGACUAAAAUGCGAUUUUAAUUUUUGUGAUAUUAACCCUGUUGCAUUUUUCGCAAUAAUAAAAACAUCGCAAUAAUUUCUGAAUUUACAGUACAUAUUAAUUCAAUAUUUCAAAUAAAAUGUCUUU